GCAACAGCCUAGGAGUGCCGGCCGGCAGGACGCCUGUACUGUCGACGGGCUGUCCGGAGUUCAGGAGGCAUUCAGGCACAAUGGAGGAUAAACGCAACAUCCCAAUCAUUGAGUGGGAGCAUCUGGACAAGAAGAAGUUCUACGUCUUUGGUUUGGCAAUGACAAUGAUUAUCCGAAUCAGUGUCUAUCCCUUCACCCUCAUCCGCACUCGACUUCAGGUACAGAAGGGCAAGAGCCAUUAUCAAGGAACUUUUGAUGCCUUUGUCAAGAUUCUGCGGACAGAUGGGGUGUUGGGCUUCUAUCGGGGUUUCAUGGUCAACACACUCACUCUGGUCUCUGGCCAAUGUUAUGUUACUACCUAUGAGCUCACCCGAAGGUUUGUGUCGAAGUACAGCCAGAACAACACUGUGAAGUCCCUAGUGGCUGGUAGCUCAGCUUCACUGGUGGCCCAGAGUAUAACAGUGCCCAUUGAUGUGGUCUCCCAGCACCUGAUGAUGCAACGCAAGGGUGAGAGCAUGGGCCGAUUCAUGGUGUCUCAGCGUUCAGAUGGCCGGGGUAUACUGGCUUUUGGCCAAACCAGGUAUAUCAUUCAGAAGAUCCUGCAAGUCGAUGGAAUCCGGGGCUUCUACCGAGGUUAUGUGGCUUCUCUGCUCACCUACAUACCCAACAGUGCUUUAUGGUGGCCCUUCUACCACUUUUAUGCAGAGCAGCUCUCCCACAUCUGUCCUAAAGACUGCCCCCACAUAAUCUUCCAAGCCAUUUCUGGGCCCCUCGCUGCUGCUACUGCCUGUGUCAUCACCAACCCAAUGGACAUCGUCCGAGCCAGGGUACAGGUGGAGGGCAAGAGCUCAAUCAUAUUGACCUUCAAGCAGCUAUUGGCAGAGGAGGGGCCCUGGGGCUUCAUGAAGGGUCUCUCUGCCAGGAUUAUUUCAGCCACACCCUCCACCAUUUUCAUAGUGAUUGGCUAUGAGAGUCUCAAGAAGUUCAGCCUUCGGCCAGAACUAGUAGACUCUACUCACUAGAAAUAGGUGAUAGGGAGAAGAGCCUGCCAUGCCUCGAAGAGAGGGACAGAGAGAAAAGAGACAAUACCCUCCCCUGACCAUGCACACAGUUCUCAGCUGUACUAGCUGCCUGGAAAGGGGACAACAAACUGCCCUCAUUGAAUAGGCUUUGAGCUUGGAUCCCUAGCUUAUCCUGUUUUUAACUCUCUGGCUAAACUGAGCCCCCUUAUCCAGGCUUCCUUUUUCAACCCUUAACCAAUCCCUUUUUUAAAAGGGAUGAGUAAAGGAACCUUUCUCAGCUUCCCUCCAUCAUCAUCCUUAGGAUGUACAUAAUUUACUUUUCACUCUUCUUUCCCCUUUGACUGCUUUUCCAGCCUUCAAGGGACCAUGCCCUGGCUUCCUAUCUUAAGUCAGCUGAUUCUUAAUUCUUUUAGGAUGGAGCUGCCAAGAAAAUUGUAAUGUCUUUCCCUCACCAUGGAGGGAGCAGCAGAGAACCUCUGGUUGUCUGGAAAAUUCUUCCCUCUUUGGGGAAGUUGAUAGUUUGGGAUGAGGGAAUGGGAAGAAAUUCUAUGGAUUCAAUAUGUUUGUUUAAAAUUUGUGAACCAGCCUAUUGUCUUAAGUCCUGCUAGAACAUCAUUCCUGCAACUGGACCCCAUAGCAGUUAGAAUAUGUACCUUUUACCCCACCCCUUAUUCCUUAUAGCCCCUCAUAUUCCCUUAGUCUAGUUCCCAGUGGGCUUUAGACAGCACCUUUGACUACUGGUUCCCCACCCCAUCCCCCCAAACAUUUUCAGUAGUAGGCAUGAUGCCUGCAAAACUGAUGCUGGCUAAGUAGAGCAGGCCUAAAGUAGCACUCAAAACAGUUAGAUUGAUCAUGUCGAGGGUUUGAAAAAAGAGAGGAGGAAGAAUACUAAUAAAAAGGAGGGGAAAGCCUGUCAUGACAGGUCAUCUUCAGCUCUGGACACUUCCAGCCAUUGAUACAUUUCUUUCAGCAAUGACAGCAGAUACCAUCUAUCCCCUAAUGAGCACCUCAGCUGAAGAAUAGUAAUCUUUAUAGGGUGUUGAUAUCAGUUCACACCCAGAGGUAUUGGAAAUUACCUGAGGCACUAAACCUAGAAGUAUGGUGAUGGUGGGGAGCAGCCCCAUAAACCCAACUACCCAAGAACCAGUUCUUAGAAGGGGGAAGGGUUCCUCUCCAUUCACAGCUACUGACAUUUUACCAGCAUGAUACUGCCAAAAUUUCCUGUUGAAGCCCUCCAAAACCCUGGGAAAUUGAACCGUCAUUCCUCACUGCAACUCACAGAGUAAAUCAGUUAGUCAACCUUGCUAAUUUUCUGGUGGGGCUACUGAGUUGGUUCCUGGCAUAGGUGCCUUGGGUAGGACCUCUUCUCCCCAUCCCUAGGAAAGGCUAGGUGCCUUUCCAUUGAAAGGUGCUAGCUUCCCAAAUAAACUUGAUAUUUCUUGUCCUCUAUACCCCUACCCUGCCCCCAGGUAUUUUGGAAAUAACCUCUAUAUUUUACUUUCUCUGUAUCACCUCUGAUUUCCAUAUGCAUAUUUGUGUCUUUAAAUCUGUCUUCUUUUAGUCUCUCAUUUUCCCUUCUUCUCAGGUCCUUUUCCCCAUCUCUCAAUGGAAUCUGCUUCAUUCUCUUUACCAUCAGUAUAAAACCCUGGCUUCUCUUGGUUCCAGGCCUCUGUCCUGCAAGACUUUAAUUUCAGGUACCCUCCUCUAUUGUAGGGAUUGAGUAGAAGUACUGUAGGAAUUUAGAGGUGAUUGCACUCCCCUUCAAUACCUCCCCAGUGAUGACUCUUCUGCUUACCUAGACCCCUUGUGUCUUGCUAUUUUCUAGUACGCGUAACCUCAUCUUGCUCCACAACUGUUGCUCCUGACUUUUAAGGUAUAAGGUAGUGUCUUAAAAGGGACUUAGACCCACUCAUAGAUUUUAUUUGUAGCUUAGGGAUUGGGUAGUGACCCCCUCCCCCCCAAACCCUGAGUCCAGCAGUGGCAGGAGAGAAGAGGGCUAUUGGAAUAUUAAAUAUUAAAUCCAUUAGGAAAAAAAUAAAUUGGGGCAGGCUGGAGUGUCUGUGUUAAUCUGUCAGAGCUAAAGUUCUCGAGGGAGGGAAGCAGGAAACCACGUGGUUUGGUUGUGAAGGCUUGGGCAGAGAAGAUGCAGAAACGCACGGACUGUUCUUUGACCAUUUAUACUAAGUGACACAUUGUGAUUAUUCAAACAGGUUUCACUGUUGCACUGUAAUUAAGUCUUUGACGUAGAAUUAAAAAUUUUUAUUGUUUGA